AUGCAGAAGGGCUCUGCGACUGGAUGUCGCCCGAUGCUCUCCGAGAAGCGCCGGGAGGCGCUGGGCACAAUGUACUCCCUCGUCGGCACCCACAGUGCGGUGAAGCUAUGCCGGUGGCAAAAGUCGAUGAUGCGAGGGCGUGGUGGAUGUUACAAGUGGACCAUGUACGGCAUCAAGUCGCAUCGUUGCAUGGAAGCAACCCCAAGCAUGGCGUGCGCGAACAACUGCGUCUUUUGCUGGCGCCUCAACUCAAACCCGACGGCGGCAGAGUGGAAGUGGAUGGUCGACGAACCAAAGGAAGUCGUGGAGGGAAUGAUAUCGAGCCACCAAGCCCUGAUCAAUGGUGUUCGUGGGAUGCCUGGGGUAACGGAUGAAGCCCUUGAAGAGGCCUUGGCUCCUCGCCACUGCGCGCUGUCCCUUGUCGGUGAGCCGAUCAUGUACCCAUACGUGAACGAGUUUCUUCGCUUGCUGCACGCCAAAUCGAUGUCCUCCUUUCUCGUCAACAACGGCCAGUUUCCGGAUGCCAUCCGUAAAUUGGCCCCAGUAACGCAGUUGUACCUCAGCGUAGAUGCUCCGAACAAGAAAACGAUGAAGAUACUUGACCGACCUGUGCUCCCGGAUUACUGGGAACGCUUCAACGAAAGCGUGAACAGUAUGCGAGAGAAGAAGCACCGCACUGUGUUUCGGCUCACAAUGAUUGAUGGAUUCAAUAUGGAGCCGGAGAACCUCCCCGAGUACAAAGAGCUGUUUGACCGUGGGCAGCCGCACUUCAUCGAGAUCAAGCGUCUCACCCCAGCCUUUUCCGGCAACCACAACACCAUUCUUCGCAUAAAGAACGUUCCCUCAUGGGAAAAAAUGAAGGCGUUUGCUCAGCAGCUCUGCAACAUGAUCGGCAAAGGAAGGCAGUACACUGUGGCAAGCAUCCACGAGCACUCCGGCUGCAUCUUGCUGGCGCAUCAGCGCUUUGUCUGCAAUGGUCGGGUGCACAGCUGGAUCGAUUACGACAAGUUCGAUACCAUCAUCCAAGACCCCGAGCGAGCUGCGGAUAUGGUGCCGGAAGACUACCUAUUGCCUACACCGACGUGGGCACUCCCCGACUCGCCUGCGGAAGGGUUUGAUCCAGCACAGAAGCGUCACAUCUCCAACAAACGGCGCAAGCACAUGGAAAGCAUGGCAGCACCCCCGCCGAAGCACAAUGGGCGUUGCAUCACUACAGACGAGGCUACUGCCGUUCAGUCUGCUCAGUUGUAG